CUAAAAAUAAAGAAUGGAAUUGUAACUUGGUGGUCUAAACCCUAGAGAGUGAUCGCAGUUAAUUAGGAUUUGUACCAUCGUCUCUUCAAUUGGUCAUCGACAGAUUCAAAUCCGGGAGAAUUCAAGGCAAGGGACAUAUCUGCCCAUCAGCUUCUUGUCGCCACCCUGCUCAGAGAACCUGUUACUGCCUUCCAAUGGCAGUUCCUGAUCCUCAGGCUUCCUUAGAUAUUUUGGUGAGAGAUCCCGAGGGAUUUAUUAUUUGGAAUGGACCACCUUUCACUAAUGGAGAACCCAGUUUGAAGCUCAAUAAAAUAACAUGUACAUCUACAAAGUUCAGUGAGGAUGGGACAAAGCUCAUGGUUAUCAGAUCUGAUUCCCAUAUUAGCAUCUAUGACACGAAAAACUUUGUAGAGAUAAGGUCCUUACAAGUGCCUAAUGUUCUUUCCGCUAGCAUAUCUCCCCACGGAACUUACAUUCAGACCUUUCAGAAGUCUACAUCUCCACAAGACAACAACGUGCAUGUAUGGAAGACAGAUACAGGGGAAUCUGUAUAUCAAGCGUUUCGGAAGAACAUGACAAAAGCAUCAUGGCCCUUAAUUCGAUUUAGCAUAGAUGAAGCUGUAGCAUGCCGUUUGGCAACAAAUGAAGUACAGUUCUUUGACCCUGAAGAUUUCUCAAAGGGGAUUAUUAAUCGGUUGAGAGUGCCUGGAAUUGCAACAUUUGAGCUUUCUAGGACUCCUGGAUCUCAUGUGGCAGUAUUUGUUCCAGAAUCAAAGGGGAUGCCUGGCAAUGUUCAAAUAUUUUCUUGUUCGAAAGAGUUACAGAGUCAACCAGUUGCCCGGAAAAGUUUCUUUAGGUGCUCAUCAGUGCUAUUGAAUUGGAAUUGUGGUUCCACUGGACUCCUGGUUGUUGUUCAGUCAGAUGUUGAUAAAACUAACCAAAGUUACUAUGGAGAGACAAAGCUAAAUUAUCUGACAACUGAUGGAACUUAUGAAGGACUGGUGCCACUUCGUAAGGAAGGACCUGUUCAUGAUGCUCAGUGGUCAUUCUCCAGUAAUGAAUUUGCUGUUGUUUAUGGAUUUAUGCCUGCUAUGGUAACAAUAUUUGACAGGAAGUGUAAUCCUUUAUUGGAGCUUGGAACAGGACCUUUCAAUACCAUUAGAUGGAAUCCCAAAGGGAAAUUUAUAUGUAUAGCAGGUUUUGGGAACUUACCUGGUGAUAUGGCAUUCUGGGACUAUGUUGAAAAAAAGAAAGUGGGAGCUACAAAAGCUGAAUUAUCGGUGUCAAGUGAAUGGUCGGCAGAUGGACGCUAUUUUAUGACUGCUACAACUGCCCCAAGACUGCAGGUUGACAAUGGGAUCAAGAUUUUUCAUCACAAUGGUUCAUUGUACUUCAAGAAGAUGUUUGACAAGUUGUUUCAGGUUGAGUGGAAACCAGUGUCACCUGAAAAGUUUGGUGAUAUAGCAGAUCUCUUAAAGUCUGUCGACUCCUUGAAUUUGGAACCAGCAACGAAACAAGGGCAAGUGUCAAAAACUACUCAGGCCUCUUUGAAAGCUACUAUUUCCAACACUACUGUACAGAAACCUGCUGCAUAUCGUCCACCUCAUGCUAAAGCAGCAGCAACUGUUCAGGCAGAGCUGUUUGGAGCAAGCCCUGCUGGAGAAAUGAGCAAGAAUGCACUGAAAAACAAGAAGAAAAGAGAAAAACAGAGGGAGAAAAAAGCUGCAGAAGUGACGGGCACAGGCAGCCAAAGUUGAUUAAAAUCAUAACUGGCCAAAUGUCAUGUAUGAGGAUCCAUUUUUCGACAAGGUAUGCUACAUUGCAACAUCCUUAUCUGUUUCUUGAUUCUACGAUUCGGAACUUUUGGAGCCAGGAGAAUUACAUAUGCGGAUUUUAUUUAUUCAUUUAUAUAUUAGAAGCUUUGUAGGUUGCUUGGCAUGAUUUAAUGAAAGCUUUGUAUCUGUUCCUCUAACUUAAUGUGCUUAACAAGGAUGCACAUACUGUUUACUAUUCUUGUUGAAUCAAAUAGUUCAAAUACUAUGAUUGGAAUUGAGAUUUCAUAUUUAAAUAUAGAGAACCAACAAUC